AUGUCUGUAUAUCGUCUCGCGCUCAAGGGCAUUCUGGAAAGUUGUUUUGGCCAAGGGGCAUGGAUCUGGGUGUCGACAUUCCGCAAGGGGAAAACAGAAGCAAAACUUGAGGACUUCAAGAUGUUUGACGAAGCCUCACGCGAGAUACCCUUAGCCUGCAAGACUGCGAGCUGUAUUUGGCCGAUUUUCCCUUCACUAGCAGUCUGCGGUGGCUGUACCGAGUCAUUUUUCACCACAUCGUGCGACCCGCAGAAAGGAUGCAGCCACUCAAUGCCCUCGGGUACUUCUGUCCAUUCGCAAGUAAAUGAUCCGUUUAAUUAUCAUUUCAGAGUUGCACCAUCGAACGGAUCCGCGACAUUCCCUGACAAUAGCUCUGAAGCCGUUAUCUCCAUGUUUGAUAUCAUAUCGGCAGAAACUUCUCCCCAGAACAAUGUGGUUCAAGCCUACCAAUGUGGGCUUUGGUUUUGCCUUAAGAGCUACAAUGUGACGGUUACAAAUGGAGUCCAAACACGAUUCGUAACUAGAGAAUGGUCAAGGUCAGAACUCAACGCUCAGACCGACGAACAUUUUUUUGUUGAUAUUCCGCCGGAAAUGAACGCCCAGCAGUACGCGCGCUAUUCAGUACCCUUGGGCGCUCUCUCGGCACUGAGAGCUUUCAUAGAUAAGUUAACUCUAGGAAAUGCCCGAACUUCACAAGCCACAGACGUGGUGGUUCAUGACACUGACUGGAUUCAAGCCAUUGAGGCCGCUACCAAAGUCGACCUCUCCGUUUGGAUAUCGAGGUUUGCCCAUAGCUUGACCCAACAUAUUCAGCUCACAGGUACCGUACAACCCAACAAGAACUCCGACUACAACGGGAUGGCGUACAUCAUGGCUCCACACGUUGUAGUAAACUGGUAUUGGGUAGUUUAUCCCAUCUCUCUAAUGUUUCUCGCCUUCGUCUACUUCAUGCUCUUCUGUCAUGUUUCGAGCGAUAUCCACGAGCAAGUUCAAGAUGGAAUGGAUAUGCCUGGGGGGCUCAAACGUCGCGUCGGGAGCACAGAGGUUGAAUUGAUGCGACAACAUAAUGGGGAAUGGGUUUUUACCAGGCCGAGGCAUCACUGA